UUGACAGAGUGCGAACUCGAUAAGCUAUCUAAUCUUCGUGCACUGAUAGCGCGUCAGAUAUUCGCGACGACUUUUACAUAUCGGUAAACGAUCGACGAUCCGACUUGCAUAAUUUCCGUGCAAAUGGCGGGCAUAGAGCGGUUACUCAGAGUGACGGACGCCGAAAGGGCGGCAAUCUUGAAAGGGUUCGAUGUCACGGACCAGGAGUUCCAGGAAAAAGUGACGAGCCUCCGGGAAUGGUUGAGAAGGAGCGACCACCUGCCCCGCGAAAACGCGGAACGCAAUCUGAGGGUGGCGUUGUUGAACAGCAAACUGAGCCUCGAACGGGCCAAACAAUGGAUCGAGAACUACUACCGGAUCAAAACGUUGUACGCCGACGAACUCUACGACAACAUGGUGCCCGCUUCCGAGAAGUAUCGCGAGGCCAAAUCAUACGUCGUGACUGUCCCUUUGCCCAAACUGACUCCCGAUCUGUGCCGCAUCACCGUGUUUAAGCUGACAGACCCGGAAGGGCGAGCGUCCGAUGCCCAGUGCUACCAUCUGGUCGGCGCCAUGAUCUCGGAAAUUCGGAUCACCACGGAUUUCUUCGCUUCCAACAUACUCGUUAUCGACCUCGAGCAAUAUUGCUGGAAAAUUCUUUUGAAAUUCACGCCCACCAUUAACCAAAAAGUGACCGACAUAUUCAAAUCGGUACGCUACAGGAUACAAGAGAUCCACUUUGUGAACCUUCCGCCAGUUACCGAAAAGUUGAUGGUGUUUUUCAAAUCGAUAUUCCCGAGCAAAAUCGCUGGCUGGAUGUAUCUACACAAAGACGUCGACUCGUUGUGGGAACGCAUUCCGAGGGAAAAUUUGCCUUCCGACUAUGGCGGCGCCGAGCGGUCCUUGUCGGAACUUUACGGUGAUUGGUGUAGCCAGAUCGAAGGGCCUUACGCCGAGUUUUUCGAGAAAUUGCGGGAAGCCAAAUCGACGAAAAAAUACGAGACCGGCGACAGUCACCAGGUGGCGCCGGGUGUCGCGCUGGAGGGAUCUUUCAGAAAACUGGAAAUCGAUUAAAUACAACGCCGUUUGUUCUAAGUCUACUUUAUGGAUU